CGAAGGGGAGUGAAAAGAGGCUGGUCAGUCUCCUGUGAAUGCUCAGAACCUGCCACCACCUUGUCUAUUGUUUUUUACUAAAUCAAAAUCCCACAAGAUCAAGGCGCACCAGUCACCACCUUCCUCCAUUUUUGUAACUUAUUAACAAAAGACAUAAUCCAAGUGAACCACACACUCUCUCCUCAUUAGUCCACCACCCCACCUCCUUGUUCCUGUAAUGGUGGAGACUUUCUAUGUUUCCUUUACAUGUUCCAUAUUUUUAUAACCUUAACCACUCCCUUUCUCUGUCUCUUUGUCUUCAUGUUCCCUUCUUGACCUUUUUUAAGCUCGAUGGUUUCCUUAGCCAUCUUUCCCUUUUCCUCUUAUUAAUUUUCUCGUCAUUGCUGGUAAUUUAAUCAGAGGAUAGUUAGAUAGAAGCUAAAGAAUACCCAUGCUGAGUUUGUAGCUUCCUGUUUGAUUAUUCUUUUAUUUUUGAGCGAAGGGUUUGUUAAGCUGAGAGAGAAUCUCCUUCUACAGUGUUGAUUAGAAAUAAAAAUGGCAAAUGGAUCACCAAAGCAGCAUCAGCUAGAAGCAAAGAGAAAGCGCAUAACUUGGAUUCUUGGGGUCAGUGGCCUUUGCGUUUUGUUCUAUGUUUUGGGAGCUUGGCAGCAUACCGCAGCCCCCACAAAUCUAGCCCAGUCCGUCACUAAAGUAGCUUGUGAUGUUUCAAACUUUGCCGGGCUUAGUUCCAAUCCAUCAUCAGAAUCAGCUGUCUUGGACUUUAAUAGCCAUCAUCAGAUUCAGUUCAACAACACUGAUUCAGUUAAUGAGAUUCCACCAUGCGACAUGUCCUAUAGUGAGUACACUCCUUGCCAAGAUCCUCGAAGGGGAAGGAAAUUUGAUAGGAACAUGUUGAAAUAUAGAGAGAGGCAUUGCCCAACAAAGGAUGAAUUGCUUCUUUGCUUGAUACCUGCUCCUCCUAAAUAUAAGACCCCUUUUAAAUGGCCACAAAGCCGUGAUUAUGCCUGGUAUGAUAACAUUCCCCAUAAGGAGCUUAGCAUUGAAAAGGCUGUGCAGAAUUGGAUUCAAGUUGAGGGUGACCGAUUUAGAUUCCCCGGUGGAGGCACCAUGUUCCCCCGUGGAGCUGAUGCUUAUAUUGAUGACAUUAGUGAGCUCAUUCCUCUUACUGAUGGAAGCAUCAGAACUGCAAUUGACACAGGCUGUGGUGUUGCGAGUUGGGGUGCAUACCUGUUGAAGAGGGACAUUAUAUCAAUGUCUUUUGCACCAAGGGAUACACAUGAAGCACAGGUCUGGUUUGCAUUGGAGAGGGGAGUUCCUGGUAUGAUUGGUAUCAUGGCUUCACAAAGGCUUCCUUACCCAGCAAGGGCUUUUGACAUGGCUCAUUGUUCCCGUUGCUUGAUACCAUGGCAUCAAAAUGAUGGUUUGUAUCUGAUUGAAGUGGAUAGAGUUUUAAGGCCUGGUGGCUACUGGAUUCUAUCUGGUCCUCCUAUUCGCUGGAAGAAACACUGGAGAGGUUGGGAAAGAACCCAAGAAGACUUGAAGCAAGAGCAGGAUGCUAUUGAGGAUGUAGCCAAGCGCCUGUGCUGGAAGAAAGUGGUUGAAAAGGGUGAUCUUUCAGUCUGGCAAAAGCCCCUUAACCACAUCGAGUGCAUUGCAAGCAGGAAGAUCUAUAAAACACCACAUAUAUGCAAGUCAGACAAUCCAGAUGCUGCCUGGUAUAAAGAUAUGGAAGAUUGCAUAACUCCAUUGCCAGAGGUAAGCAGCUCGGAUGAAGUUGCUGGUGGUGUAGUGGAGAAAUGGCCAGCACGUGCAUUCGCUGUCCCUCCAAGAAUUCACAGUGGUUCUAUUCCAGGAAUCAAUGCUGAGAAAUUUAAGGAGGAUAAUGAUCUGUGGAAGGAUAGAGUGGCACAUUAUAAGAAUUUCAUUAGUCCUCUCACCCAAGGCAGAUUCCGGAACAUAAUGGACAUGAAUGCACAACUAGGAGGAUUUGCGGCGGCCUUGGUAAAAUAUCCAGUGUGGGUUAUGAAUGUGGUACCUGCCAAUUCAAAUCCAGACACACUUUGUGUGAUCUAUGAACGGGGGUUUAUUGGCUCUUAUCAGGAUUGGUGUGAGGCAGUCUCAACAUAUCCAAGAACAUAUGAUCUCAUCCAUGCUGGCGGGGUGUUCAGUAUAUAUCAGGACAGGUGUGACAUAACCCACAUUCUGCUGGAGAUGGAUAGAAUUCUAAGGCCAGAAGGGACAGUGAUAUUCAGGGAUACAGUAGAGGUUCUUGUGAAGAUUCAGACUAUAACAAAUGGCAUGAGAUGGAAGAGCCAAAUCAUGGACCAUGAAAGUGGACCCUUUAAUCCAGAGAAAAUUCUUGUUGCUGUCAAAACUUACUGGACUGGUGAAGCUAAGCAAAAACAACAGUAGAGGCCGUAUAGUAUCGUUUUUUCUCUCUUCCCGGUGCCCUUCUUUAUGCUCUCUCUUUCUUUCUAUUCUCUUUCUGGGAAUCGUGAUGUUGAAUCAGAUUGUUUUUACCAGGAUAUUUCUGGAUGAGAGUGCGGAUAGGCUUUUCCGCCAUAUAUUUGGGUCAUGUGUUUCAUCAAUGAAGAUAAAUUUAUUUCCUCCA